UCUCCGGCUCAAGCAUUACUUUCCUGUGAGAGGUUGACGGGUAAACAGUGCACGGCUUAGCUCAGCUCUGACUAGGACACCCCCCACUGGAAGGUUGAAACACAGGCAGGCAGGCUCACUCUCACCGCUCAGACAUUACUGAGAGAGGAACAGAGAGGAGAAGACAGACAGACGAGAGAGAGAGACGACAGAGAGAGAGAGAGAGAGAGAGAUCAGAGGGAAUAAGAGCAGGGUAGUAGUUCAGUGUCACAACAAGAGAAGAGAAUCAGACUGCCAGUCAUCUUCUAACUCUGUCUGAACAGGGACUUCUUGACUGAAUCUCUGUGUUCUCUUGUGCUGUGUAGUCACAGUAUAGUGGGGAAAGCCUCACAGAGGGAGUGUGUGGUGUGGUUAUUGUAUUGCGUUUCAGCACAGCAAGAGAGAGAGUUUCCUCAGAGGAAAAGGAGGAGAGCUGUUUCUGUCUCUAGUCGCUGUACGUCGUCGUGGUCGUUCCCCUGAGUGCACUGCUGCGAGAGGGUUGGCUCUUUGGGGACAGGAAGAGCAGAGUUUGCAAUGCGACCUGAGCGCUGAGUGGAGUAUGCUGCAGACGAUUUACGAGAGCGAGUCAAAUUUCUCCACCACAACAAACAAGCUCGUUGGCCACCAGCGACUCUUGGACCAGCAGAAGAUGCACAACGGUAACUCAGUGGACAUUAAGCCAGAGGUACUUUUGGACCCCGUGUCUCCGUUGGACCUGCGUACAGACCUGAGGAUGCUGGGGCCUGGCUCGGACCCGGGAAUGUGGGAGCGUCAGUUGCAGCAGGAGCUGCUCCUCAUCCAGAAACAGCAGCAGGUCCAGAAACAGCUGCUGAUCAGCGAGUUCCAGAAGCAGCAUGAGAAUCUGACCCGCCAGCACCAGGCCCAGCUCCAGGAGCACCUCAAGCUGCAACAGGAGCUGAAUGCCAUGAAGCAGCAGCAGGAGCUGGUGGAGAAGGAGAGGAGGCAGCAGCUGCAGCAGCAGCAGAGCCAGCAGGAGAAGGAGCAGGAGAGACAUCGGAGGGAGCAGCAUGUCCUCUGUCUCAGCCUCAGGGGCAAGGAGCGCACCAGAGAGAGUCUCACAGGUGCUGUGGCCAGUAAUGAGGUGAAGCAGAAACUCCAAGAGUUUCUGUUGAGUAAAUCAAACAAGGACCUGUCCACUGCCGGAGCCACACACACCCUCAUCCACCACCCCAAGCUCUGGUACACGUCCUCCCACCACACGUCUCUGGACCAGAGUUCUUCUCCUCUGGGAGGCAUGUCUCCUGUCUGCCACUACACACUCCCCUCCCCUCAGGACGGACAGGACGACUUCCCACUGAGGAAAACAGCCUCAGAGCCCAACCUGAAGGUGAAGUCUAGACUGAAGCAGAAGGUAGCAGAGAGGAGGAGUAGUCCACUGCUGAAGAGGAGAGACAGCAACGUCAUGACCCCCUACAAGAAGAGGGCCCUAGAAAUGAUGGGUACAACUUAUUCUACAGCCACUAACAGUGCCCCAGGCUCAGGACCCAGCUCUCCCAUCGGAGCCUCCAGCGCCCUGGGGGCCGAGAACGGGCCCUCCUCUCUCCCCACCACCACAAAAACCGAGCGCUGGCCAUCACAGCCCAGGUUAUUUCGUCCAGAGGGCUCCAUGUCCAACCUUCUGAGCUUAUACACGUCUCCCUCCUUACCCAACAUCACCUUGGGCCUCUCCGCCACCUCCUCCCAGAUCAGCGCUGCCAUCGGGCUGAAGGAGAAGACUGGGGAGGUCAGGCAUGGUCUACCAGGGCAGCUCCUGGGGCCUGUGCCCAUGCCCACAGUGACCUCCAUGGAGACCAAGGUGUCCCCCAGCCAUCAGGCCCUGCUCCAACACCUCCUUCAGAAGGAACAGAUAAGACGGCAGAAGAUCCUCUCCUCCUCUGGUCAAGGCUCCGUGCCCGCCCACCCCCACUCCCCUCUGGCCAUGAAGGACAGGCCCUCCUCCAACAGCAGACCCAAGCUGCCCAAACACCGGCCCCUGAACCGGACCCAGUCAGCCCCUCUGCCCCAGAGCACCCUGGCUCAGCUGGUCAUCCAGCAGCAACACCAGCACUUCCUGGAGAAGCAGAAACAGUACCAGCAGCAGAUCCACAUCAAUAAGCUGCUGUCCAAGUCCAUCGAGCAACUCCGUCAGCCCAGCUCCCUGGUCAACCCACACCUGCAGGAGUCAGAGGAGGAGGAGGAGGACAACACCCGGAGGAUGGAGGAUGAGAGGAUGGACAUGCAGGAGGACAGGAUGCCCCCUGGUGGCGUGAUCCAGAAACACACCCUUCGCUCCAGCAGCAGCAGUGGCAGCAACGGCUCUCUCGGGGAGCUGUCCGCCAUCGUCGAGGCCCACCACCGCCUGGGGGUCAUAAAGGUCAAAGAGGAGCCAAUCGACAGCGAGGACGAGUCUCUGUCCAAUCAGAGCCUAGUGGCGGAGCAGAGUGCCUCACUCCACCAGGUCAAAGGUCAGCUGGUGAUAAGAGCCAUGAUCUGAGAGGGGGCAGAAGAUGAAGGAAAUCACACACUGCGACAUUCAGAGACGCAUACGUAGACACACACACACACACACACACACACACACACACACACACACACACACACACACACACACACACACACACACACACACACACACACACACACACACACACACACACACACACAGAGCCGACUAGGACUCCCCAGGCAGUCCUCUCCCUGCCCUGAGAUGUGACGCUGUCUCAGUGAAGUGCAGCCGCACCCCAAACCGCCACCAGACUGACUCUCUGUUUGUGAACUUUGUGAAGUGAUCUGUAAUGUUAAGUAUGUUUCACCGUGCUGUAUAUAACAUGAAGAGAAGAUUUACUAGAAGAAUGAUCCUUCUUUUUUUACUUCUAAGGAACUGCUUUGAUUGUUUUCAGGUUCUGCUCAAUUGACAGAACGUAAUAUGUAUACAGUAGAUUUAGGGUAAGAGAAUAUUCUAGAAGGGAGGGAAAGUUUAACCGUUGUACAGUUUAUGAAUGCCAUUUUAUGUUCCCAUAGUGUAACAUUUAUGCCAUCAAUUCACUUCAACUUUGACUUGCUGACUGUUGUUGUUUUAUUCAAAAAGAAAAAGUAGAACGUCAUAUUCUCCGUCGUUCUCCAAAAAGCUGUGAUGUUCUGUGUUCAGUGGUCUCUGAAAAUGACAUGAAAAUAAGGAAGCAUGCUCAUGUCUGUAUGAGAGAGAAUGUAUUGUUCAACCUUAACACAACACAGCCCACCCUUACGACUGACUACAGCCAGCCUACACUGGGAAUGAGACUGUUUAUUGAUGUACAGUACUGCAGAGUGGAGGAGAAAAUGCUAAAUCAGUGGAUGGAUGGAUGGAUGGAUGGAUGGAUGGAUGGAUGGAUGGAUAUAUGGAUGGAUGGAUGGAUGGAUGGAUAUAUGGAUGGAUAGAUGAUGGAUGGAAAUAUGGAUAUAUGGAUGGAUAGAUGAUGGAUGGAUAGAUGAGGGAGGAAUGGAUGGAUGAUGGAUGGAUGGAUGGAUAGAUGAUGGAUGGAUAUAUGGAUGGAUGGAUAGAUGAGGGAGGGAUGGAUGGAUGAUGGAUGGAUGGAUGGAUAGAUGGUGGAUGGAUAGAUAUAUGGAUAUAUGGAUGAUGGAUGGAUGGAGGGAUGGAUAUAUGGAUGGAUGGUAUAUGAUGAAUGGAUGGAUAUAUGGAUAUAUGGAUGGAUGGAUGGAUGGAUGGAGGGAUGGAUGGAUGGAUGGAUAUAUGGAUAUAUGGAUGGAUGGAUGGAUAGAUGAUGGAUGGAUGGAUGGUGCAGGCAGUCAGCUCCAUCAGACCAUAGGACCAGGUCUGCUUCUCAAAUGGGCAUCCCAUAGGCCUCAGGUUAAAAGUUCUGUGCUAUAUAGGGAAUAAAGCAAGAACAAAACAACAAAAUCAUCCUGGUUUGCCACGGCCCUGUGUUGAGAUGCCGUGUCAUCCUAAUCUUCCUCAUCUUCCUCUUCCUCGACCUCCUCUUCCUUCUCUUCCUCCUCCUCCUCCCCUCUGGGUCCAAACCAAAGCUCAGCCAGGUUCCUGCCCAACUUUCAGCAGAGAAAUCACUAACAGUGAGAAGGAGAGAGAAAGAGAGGGAGAGAAGGAGCGAGAGAGAGAGAGAGAGAAGGAGAGGGAGAGAGAGAGAAAUAGAAGAAGAGAAAUAGCGAGAGAGGGAGAGAGAGAGAGAGAUAGGAGCGAAAGAGAGAGAGAGGAGAGUGAGAGAAAGAGAGAGAGAGAGGAGAGAAAGAGAGGGAGAGGAGAGGAGAGAGAGAGAGAGAGAGGAAGAGAGAGAGAGAAAAGUAGAGGGAGAGAGAGAGAGAAAGAAGGAGAGGAGAGAGUAGAGGGCGGGCAGGAAAUGCCUUCUAGAAGCCAGGAGUCGGAAUGAUUCAUGUGUGCAGGAAUGUUAAGGGAGAGGAGGACCCAGGGUUGUAGGAGUCCAAGGGGCCAGGCUUGAGAAUUGAUUUACUGUCAAGGCGAAUUACAAAGCGAGUGGGGAUAUGGUUAAGGGAGACCCUUUUUAAAGGGAAUCGCUUCCUUCAUACUCCCCAGUGACAUGCUUACCUCCACACGCAGGUUUGAUGUUACUUCAAUAAAAUAAAAAACAAAAUGGGACCUCUCUCCUUCUCCCCAACCCCCACCUCUAACUCCCUCUUGAAAUUGCCCCAUGCAACAUGUCGACUCUGGACUUAAAGUGGUCAAUCAAUGUAGAGAUGUAACUUUUUUUCCUGUUUCGUUUGUCUUGUCAAUGUAUAAAAUGUUAGUAUGGGGUUCUGUGUUUGGGUUCCUGUGAAAGACAAACUAUGUCUGUCAGUCUGUCUGUCUGCCUGUCUGACUCAUACUGUACAUUUAGCUCAACCUAUUCUAAUGUUUCUAGUGUAAAAAUCACUUUCAAUCGGAACAAUGUCAGUCUUGUUCCCUUGCUUCUUUGAUUGGGUUGUAACAGGGCCCCUUCUCUACCCGUGGGGGGUCCCUGGAUUCUGUUCAUAGCUGUUUGCGUUUGUUCUCUUUUUUUUCUGCCUUGUUCUACAAACCUUUCUUUUAUAAAAUAAAGUUAAUUCCCCUACUGUGCAA